GUCUGAAUGAAACGGAGACCAUUUCCUUUUCACGGCCCUGUGCGAACUCAGACGAGAAAGCUCUGCGGAAACAGUGGUUUGAUUUACUUUAUUUAACCCGGUGAAACUGGAUGUUGACUAGAAUAGACAUCGCCUGCGUUCAUUGCCGCAGUAUAUCGUGAAGGUGCUGGGAGGGUUUUUUUGCCAAGAGGAUAUCGAAUGCUCUGAUGGUACCGGCUCACCUGUGACGUCUGAGAGAGGACCCUCUACCCCACACCCUCACCAUGUCUGGGAUCCAGGCAGCCUGGCCGUCCAACACAGAGUGUGUGGCCAAAUAUAACUUCCAGGGCACUACAGGUCAGGACCUGCCCUUCUUCAAAGGAGAUGUGCUCACCAUCAUUGGUGUCACCAAGGACCCAAACUGGUACAAAGCCAAGAACCAGGUGGGCAGAGAGGGCACCAUCCCCGCCAACUACGUACAGAAGAGGGAGGGCGUCAAGUCAGGGGGCAAACUCAGUCUCAUGCCAUGGUUCCACGGGAAGAUCUCUCGGGAGCAGGCGGAGCGACUGCUGUACCCUCCGGAGACGGGGCUGUACCUGGUGCGUGAGAGCACCAACUACCCCGGCGACUACACGCUCUGCGUCAGCUGCGACGGCAAGGUGGAGCACUACCGCAUCAUCUACCACAACGGCAAGCUCAGCAUCGACGAGGAGGAGUUCUUCGAGAAUCUCAUGCAGCUGGUGGAGCAUUACACCAAAGAUGCCGAUGGCCUGUGCACCAGACUCAUCAAGCCAAAGCUGAUGGAGGGGACAGUGGCGGCCCAGGAUGAGUUCUCCAGGAGUGGUUGGGCACUCAACAGAAAAGAGUUGAAACUCAUCCAGUCCAUUGGUAAAGGAGAAUUUGGCGAUGUGAUGGUUGGAGACUAUCGGGGGACCAAGGUGGCAGUGAAGUGCAUCAAAAACGACGCCACAGCUCAGGCCUUCAUUGCAGAGGCUUCAGUCAUGACGCAACUGAGACACACUAACCUUGUGCAGCUGCUGGGAGUGAUCGUAGAGGAGCGAGGCAGCCUCUACAUAGUCACAGAGUACAUGGCCAAGGGCAGUCUUGUGGACUACCUGCGUUCCCGAGGCAGAACAGUACUGGGUGGAGAGUGCCUACUCAAAUUCUCAUUUGACGUGUGUGAAGCCAUGGAGUACCUAGAGGCCAAUAACUUUGUGCACAGAGACCUGGCUGCCAGGAACGUUCUGGUGUCAGAAGACAACAUCGCCAAGGUGAGCGACUUCGGCCUGACCAAGGAGGCGUCAUCCACGCAGGACACGGCCAAGCUCCCCGUCAAGUGGACGUCCCCUGAAGCCCUCAGAGAGAAGAAAUUCUCCACGAAGUCGGACGUGUGGAGCUACGGCAUCCUGCUGUGGGAGAUCUACUCUUUCGGCCGUGUGCCUUACCCCAGAAUUCCGUUGAAGGAGGUGGUUCCGCGGGUGGAGAAGGGCUACACGAUGGACUGCCCCGACGGCUGUUCGACGGUGGUGUACGACCUGAUGAAGCAGUGCUGGACCCUGGACGCGGCGGUGCGGCCUUCCUUCCGCAUGCUCCGUGAGAAGCUGCAUCACAUCAAGUCUAAGGAGCUCUACCUGUGAGCCAGAGAGAGGGAGAGAGAGAGAGAGAGAGAGAGAGAGACAGAGAUGGAGGGAAGGAACGAGGGAGCGCUGAACGAGAGAGGGAAGACGGAGGAGAGCGGAGCUGGGACUUGCCUUCCUCACUCGCUCAGAACCAUGGACCACAACCUAAAAACCCACACUCAUGUUUUGUUUAGUUUAGUUUAUUUUUUUUCAAAAUAUUUGUUUUUUGUUUUGUUUUUUAUUUUUCUAAAUGUGUCUUUAUUAUGGACGGUUUAGCUCUCCUCCAUAAUGAGAAAGGAACACCCUGCUCUCUGUUCCCCUUGUCUGUGUGUGUGUGUGUGUGUGUGUGUGUGUGUGUGUGUGUGUACAUCUGCAUUCAAGCGUGUAUGUUGUGCGUUGCUUACACCAGACUGCCCUCUCGCAGUGUUUGUCUUUUCUCCUUACCUCUCUUCUCCCCCCUUCUCUGCCUCUGCUUCUCCUUCUUUCUCUCCCUUUGUCUCUCUCCAUCUCUGUCUAUUUUAUCUCUUUUGUUGUCUUUCCUGCUUCUCUCACUGCAGACAUGACAGUGAUGGGAGUGAGGCUGGCCUUUUUCCCCACACACCUGUCUCUCUCUCUCUCUCUCUCUCUCUCUCUCUCUCUCUCUCUCUCUCUCUCUCUCUCUCUCUGCCCCUCUUUCUUUUUUCCUCUUUUCUCCUCCCAUCAUCCUCUUGGGCAUUCCCUCACGACCCCCUUCCUCACCCACUCCCCACUCCCACUCAACCUUUAUGUUGUGUGGUGCUGGUUACAUCUGCAUGCCUACUUUUCUUCAUUGUGUGUGUGCGACUGUGCGUGUGCGUGUGCCUGUGUGUGAUCAGGGGAGGGCUUCACUCUGUGCCAAAGUGCCUCCAGAUUACAGAGCUUCAGCCUUCAUCUCCCUGACCUUCAACCUUGACCAUGUGACCUUCAACCUUGACCCUGUGACCUUCCCAACCCACCCCCACCCACCCUCCACGCCACACAGACUGUUCUGUGUUUGUUUGUUUUCUAUUUCUUUUUUUAAUAAUCUGUUUAUUUGUUGAUUGAUUUUAUCUUUUUUUACUCUUCUCGUUUUUGUCUGUUUUUUGCUUUGUGCCGUUAGCUCUCUCCUGGUCGGAACUGUGCAUGUCAUGUCACGUCUGUCUGUCUGUGCAGACCAGAGACUUACACACACACACACACACACACACACACACACACACACACAUAUUAAGCAGGCAUACAUGACAUACAUGUACACCCAUGUUAAACACAACUAAUCAAACUCAACAUGUGCAUAUCCCUGUGUAUUAAUUGGCUCUUAAACACAACACAACACACGGGCAGUACAACGCACCUUACACCUCUCUGUGACGACAUGAUACGCAGUACCCAUCAGGAGGGUGGGGAGGCAGACCAGAGGAACGGUUAAAAAACUUCAUCUGUACGUGGGUUUGUUUUAUAUUAAAAUAUAUUUAAAGGAUUAAAAAAACAAAAAGGAGUGAUAGAAAUAAAGAAGACCGAAUGAAAGCAACUGCACUGAGAAGUGACUAAAGAUCCUGAAGUGGUGGAGGAGCAGGUAAAGUGUGUGUGCGUGUGUGUGUGUGUGUGUGUGUGUGUCUGUCUGAGUGUGUGUGUGUCGUGUGUGUGUCGUGUGUGUGUGUGUGUGCAAAAAACCCUCGCCAGGCAAGAGCUGCAUGCUGGCUGUGUGAGGCCUUGGUUUAAAAACUGUCAGUGCUUUCAGUGUCUCAUCUGUUUAUUAUGUUGCCAUGGUUACCAAUAAAUCAUUCCAUCUGA